UAUAAAAGAAUAUACAUGAGGAGAUAAAUGAAGAAGUUAAUGGAAUAAAAUGAACCUAAAGAGAUUGUAGAUGAAUAAUUAGUUAAACAAGUUCAUCAAAUAGAACAAUAAAAAAAAUAAAAAUAAGUAUUUCAAAUGAUGGAAAUAUCUGAUUCAGAAGAUGAAUUACAACAAGAAUAUAAAGAUGAAGAAUGUUAAACUAAUUUAUCUGAGGAAACUAUUCAAACAUAAAAUGACUAAUCUAACAAAAAUCAAAAAAAAAAGAAAAAUAAAAAUAAGAAGAAGAAAGAAAAAAAACAAUAAUAAGAACUCUAUCAAAAAUGUGAAUAAAAUCAAGAUGAUGAUUUUGAAUUCCUUGAUAAAAUUUAAGCUUAAUAAACACAAUAAUAGUAAGAUUAAAUUAUGCAAUUUUAAGAAUCUGAUGAAAAUGGUCCUUUAUCUAUUAAUAUUAAGAGAUUAAAUUAUAAUAAAGAAUUAUAAUAAUAUUUCAAAAAUGCUAAAAUUGCUGGUGGUGGUUAAUAAAAGAAGGGUCAUAAAAAUGUUAAAUAAUAAUAUUUGACAUAUAACCCAGCUAUUAAUAUUCCAUUGCCUGAUAAAUUUAAUGUAAAGUUUGGAAACUUAAAUGAACAAGGUUUAUAAUUAUUUAGUUUAGUUGCUUCUCAAUAAUAUGAUAGACUUUAAUCAGAUUAUACAAUUGUUAAGGGUUAUUAUGAUCCCUCAGCUAUUUUUAAUUUCUUAUAAAUGAAUCCUUCUCAUUGUGAAGCAUAAUUUGAUGUCAGUGAAUAUUUUAGAUUAAAAGGAGAUUAUAAAUAAGCUAAUGAACUUUUAGAGAGAUUGCUUUAUAUUUAUGAAUCUAGUUUAGGAUAUGCAUUCAAUAAAUUCUUUGAAAAACCUUCAGUUAAUCUUGAAAUCGAAGAUAAUAUUCAUAGCAAAGUAUUUCUUAUGUCUUUAUUUAAAUUUACUGAUGUUUUAUCAAGAAAAGGAUGUUACAAAGCAGCUUUAGAGUAAUUUAUAUAUAUUAUAUAGAUUUUCUAAGAUAUUGUUGAAAUUCUGUCCAACUAGAGAUCCAUAUGGUGCUCUCUUCCUUAUUGAUUGUAAUUCAAUCAAAGCCUAAUAAUAUGAAUAUUUGAUUAACUUUGCAUCCAAUUUUGUUAGAAGUGUCUAUAAAACUAAUAGAUCCUCUAUUGUUUUUAUGCCAAAUAUGAUAUAUAAUUGUGCUUUAGCUAAAUUUUUAGAAUAAGGAGAAAAUCAUCAAUAUUCUUUUAAGGAUGAAAACAUAAUUGAAGCUAUUAAUAAUUUUGGUCCUCAUCCUUUAUAAGCAUCACAUUAAGUUCUCAUUAUUUAAUCAAUUCUCUUAUAUCCAAUUGUUCUUAAAUAAUUAGCUGAAAGUAAUGAAUUUAUUAAACAAAAUGUUGGAAAUCUAGAUAGCUUCAUUGAAAAUUAGAGAAAACCAUUUAAAGAAUUACUUACUGAAGAAUUUUUAUAAAGAGAAACUUAUUUACAUUGGUUUUUAUAAUUAGAUGCAGAGUAAGAUAACGAAGGAUUUUUAAAAUCUAUAAGUAUUUUUGUUGAAAAAAGUAAAUCAUAAUGGAAAUCUAAUGAAAUUCUUAAAUGGAUUAAAGGGUAUCUAUUAUAAUAAUUUGAAUAGUGCUUUAGGAUUGAUUAUUAAUAAUAUUAAAAGUCAAAAAUUAGACCUUAGUUCUUUUUAUGAAGAUUUGACUGUUGUUAAAGAAGGAACAACAAUUUAUAAUGAGAUUCCAUUCCAAUAUAGAAGAUAUAAGGAAUUAUCUAAAAGUCAUUUCUUAGAGAAUCCUGAAAGGUAUGAUUAUAUUUUAUUCUAUAUAGAUUAGAUUUUAACAAUAUUUUUGCUGAAAAUAUUGGUGCUUAAUAAUAACAGCCUCAACAAUAGUUUCUUAUCAAUUUUAAUCCUCUAAAUGCAAAUAAUGGAUUAUUGUAAGCAAUUUUUGGAACUCUUUUACCAUGGGUUCAUCACCCUAAUGCUUAAAUGUGAUUAAUAUUAU